AUGCAGCAUAAUAAGGGUGGGGGCCAUCCUUUUGCUGAGCCCCAAAAAGAGGUUCAGGAGUGCUCUUUGCUCAUCAAGGCUCUGAGCACAUCGGUGGGGCCGGCCGAACUCCGGGCGAUGCUGAGAAGCUGCUCCCAAGGGAUGCAGGAGGUUGGGCCCAACCUGGCUCCACCACACCAGCAAAUGGACACUGGCUCCAGCUUGGCUUACAUCCCGGAUGUGGUGGGGCUUGGAGGAGCCCAAUGGGAUCUGUCCCUCUCCGUGCUGACCCAUGGUGAUGGGAAGUGGAGCACCCUGAGCUCCCUGCUGCUUCUUCUGUGCAUCGGGGGAUGCUCAGUGCAGCCAGACAGGAGCAGAGCUCAGCAUGGUCUCCUCCUCAGAUCCCGCCGUCAUGGAAAACCCCCCCCAAGCCCUAAUGGGAGCCUGAAGUCCCCCCCAUCCAAGGAGCUGCUGACCAGCAACACGGCCAGCACGCUGUGCAUCAGCUCCCGCAGCGAGUCUGUCUGGACCAAUACCUCCAGGAGCAAGUGGGACAUCUACCACAAGCCCAUCAUUGUCAUGUCCGUCGGAGCAGCCGUCUUCCUCUUCGGGACAGUCAUUACCACCUUGUCGUGCUUCGAAAUCAAGAACAACGAGGUGUACAAAAUGUGCGGCCCUGCUUUCCUAUCCAUGGGACUGAUGCUCCUUGUCUGUGGCCUCGUCUGGAUCCCCAUCAUCCGCAAGAAGCAGAAGCAGAGGCAGAAGUCACAGUUCCUGCAGAGCCUCAGGUCCUUCUUCUUCAACCGCUGAGCACCUCCCGGGAAGGCCCCCACCCCACUCCUCAUGUUAGCCAUAAAAAGAAGCGUUCUCGUGUACUCUCCUAGAGGAAUUUAUCCCAAUCCCUUCCCUAUAAAACAGAACAUGCUGUACCAUCCCCAGCAUGAAAAUGAACUUUGUAUUUUGCCCAGGGAACCCCAGAAAAAAAGAGAUCAGGACUUGAUGAUGAGCCCAGUGCCCUGCAUCACCUCACCAUGCAAUGGCCAACCCAACACAUGCUGUGCAAUGGCCAACCCAACAUGUGCCAUGCAAUGACCAAACCAACACAUGAAGGGGAAAGCAGAGCUUCUGGCAGCCUUUGUCAGCAGCUUUUGUAGGGCACAGCAGUGGAGAGGUGCCAACCCACCACGGUGUGGGUAAAGCUGCUGUGAGCACUGGACUUCACGUCUGGAAAAUGGGAAGUCCAAGGAGGUAUCUCCAGAGUUACAGAGAGGGGCAGCAGGACAGCAUGGUCCCGGAUCCCUUCACAGCAGAGGCCACCAGGAUGGGCAACACAAGUCACCAAAGCUUGGGAAGAUCAGACAUGGGGUCCAUGGCCGGGAAUUCCACAGUGCAGACCUGCUAUGGCAUCUGAGCAGUAUGGCUAUGAGCUAGAGCUCACUCUGUGCUCAGGGUGCAGCACUCACACAGUUCCACCUGAAAUGAAAAUUCCCAGUUUAAAAAACCACUCUCUGUCUGGACAACAAAACCUGGGUUAAUAUAAUUGGGCACGUGAUACUCUGACCCUAACUCUGAGUGGGACUCAGCUCACCUCCCACAGCAUCCCACCUGGGAAGACCUCAGCCCAGCAAGCUGUGGCUGAGUGCCUGGAGCCCCAUGCAGGUGAGAACCCAGCUCCAGGGUGGGCAGGACACGGUUUGAUGCUGAUCAGAGGCAGAAGAGGAGCACAGGAGAGGAGACCCCACCUGCACCUCCAUGCAGCAUUCCCACUCCCUCCUAUGGAUCACCCCCUUAAAGCAGUGGGACAUUCCUGGGAAUGAAGACAAAAGUGUACAGCAGCUCUGCAACACCCUGCUUGCAUUAGGACAGAACAAUUUCCUUUCGGUUUGGAUGCCGCAUCCCCAGGAGCUGCCACUACAGGCAUGCUGGGAGCUCCGCAUAACACCAGGAGACCCACUGAAAGCAGAGAUUAGUCUGCAGAUACGGCCCAAAGAGCCCACAGCCCAAAGCCUCAUGACGCUCCCCUCGGGGUGGGGGUAAGGUUGGCAGUGCUGUAUGAUGGGGAGCAGCAGAGGCAGCUUCUGGCCCACAGCUGGCACGAGAUGCACGUGCUCGAGGAACACAUCCUGCUGACCCAGCUUGGCUGAGCCCCGAGUUGUGUUUCCAUGCAGUGCACACGUGUCCCCCGCUGGAGCCAGCUGGUGAAUGGGGUGUUGGAGGUGCGUGGUCUGGCAGCAGAUCCAGUAAACCUCCUCCUGCUCCUCAGUCAUUCAUCCCUCUGAGCAGUGCACUGCUGUUAUUUUUGGUGCUGGCUUGGCACCAGGCUGAUUCUCUAUUGAUUCAGCUGCAGUGGGCACAGGCUCACCCCAAGCUCCUGCCCAAGGAUGAGCUGCAGCCAGAAAAGCAGGUGAGCAGCAGGGCUGGCAUGGAAGAAAUCACAGAGCAGUAUGAGGGAUGGGGACACAGACUGGGGUCCUGUACUGCACAUCUUGCAGCCAAGGAGACAGCUGGUGAAGUAUCAAUGGGAUAAGGAGUCACUGAGAUCAGAAAUGUAACAGGAUUCCAUGCUGGUUAUUUAUAACAAGAAUAUCUGAUUUAAUUAAAGCAGAAAUAUCUCAAGGGUUUCACCUUGCUGCUAUGGUGCUUCGUGUCUGCUGCGGGAGGGGAGCUGGCUGUCCCUGGUGUGUGACAGGAGGCAGACCAGGAGGGCUGAGGCCAUGGGUUGGUCUGGGGCUCUGUGCUGGGGUCUGCCCAGGGACCCUUCAGGUGUGAAGGGGUGCACAGGUGGCACAGGAAGGGGUCAGCAGGGGAUGAAGACUGCACAGAUGAAGAUUAGGGCAAUAGCUCAGGCAGGGGUCGGCAGAGCUUGGGUCUGGUUGUCUGAACUGUAGGGGUCAGAGAGGUAAAUAGUAAUUGAAGGCAGAGCUGGAUUAUCAGGCUGAAGCUGAA